CCGGUUUGGGAACAAACUGGCAGCUCCUCCCCUGCCAGUUGGGACACUCUGGUCACCGCUUGCCUGUGACAGGACUUGGAAAUCAGCUGGAGAAAAGAGUCCAACCAGGACAGUCCAAGGAGCUGAACGUACUUGGAGAGGAGCACAGGGAGUACCCGAAGGCAGCUCUGUCUGAGCUCCCAGGGCUCUAACACAGAGGAGAAGUUGUUCUGCCCCGUGCAGAUCCUCUGCCCACGCUGGGAAUGGCAGAGGCCGGUGCCAGCGUCCUCCUCCUCCGCGCCUGCCUGGUGCUGCUCGCCUUCCCCAUCUACCUGCUCUCCUUCCUGGGCGUGUGGGAGCCCUUCUGCAGGAAGGUGUUUUUUCCUUUCGUCUUGGACAAGAUCGCUGCAGUUCACGACAAGAAAUCCAAGAAGCACAAACAGGAGCUGUUCCGGAACCUCCAGGACUUCCGGAGCCCCUCGGGGGAGCUGAGGCUGCUGGAGAUCGGCACCGGCAGCGGCUCCAACUUCCAGUUCUACCCCUCGGGCUGCAAGGUCACCUGCACCGACGUCAACCCCAACUUCCAGGAGAGCCUCACCAAGAACAUGAAGAAGAACCAGCACCUCCACUACGAGAGCUUCCUGGUGGCUGCAGGGGAAGACCUGCACCAGGUGCCCAGCGGCUCCGUGGACGUCGUGGUCUGUACCCUGGUGCUGUGCUCGGUUCAGAGCGUGAGCAGCACCCUGAGGGAAGUGCUGCGGGUGCUCCGGCCGGGAGGAGCUUUCUAUUUCUUGGAGCACGUGGCCGCCGAGCAUUCCAGCUGGAAGUAUUUUUGGCAGCAGGUCUGCUUCCCAACUUGGAAACUCGUCUUUGCUGGAUGCUGCCUCACGAGAGAGCUCUGGAAGAAUCUGGAAGAGGCCAAGUUCUCGGAGCUGAAGGUACAACACAUAAGUCUUGCGCUGCCCUGGACGCCCAUCGAGCCGCACAUCGUGGGGUACGGGGUGAAGUAACCCCCGUCCUGCCCGGCUGCUCCCUGUGCCCCCGAAAUUCCUCAUCGUGACCAGCACACCCAGCACGGCACAGGCUCCUCAGCACGUCCCUCUCUCGGUGAAGGACUUAAAUCAGAAACUGAAUUAAGUGUUAAUUGAGAAGAGAGGGUCUGUUUUCUGAGCAUCUCCGAAUCACAGAAUUGGUCGGGUUGGAAAAGCCCUUUUGGAUCAGAGUCCGACAGUUAACCCAGCACCAGCACUGUGGUCACCACUAACCCACAUCCCCAAGUGCCACAUCCACACGUUUUUUGAACAUUUCCAGGGAUGGUGGCUCCACCACUGCCCUGGGCAGCCUGUUCCAGUGCCUGACAGCCCUUUCCGUGAAGAAAUUUUUUCUAAUCUCUAAUCAAACCUCCCCUGGUGGAACUCGAGGCCGUUUCCCUCGUGAAGCCCUGGCACUGCUGACCCAGCCACGGAGGAUCCCAGGAGAACAUAAACCAGCCCAGCAGACAGGAAAAUAAAUGUAUUAAUGGAAGGGAA